ACCUCUUCGAAGGAAGCAUUCCACGCAUGCGCACUGUUUGUUUACAAAUUAGCAAUGUGGCUACGUUAUUGUCCACGCUCCAUUCUACGGAGGCGACACAUCGAAUUAACCUCCUCAGCUCCGUUUGUCCACCAGCUUCAUACCAGUCGGGCUGAUCGUUCUCACAGCUACUAUGAUGGCCUUUACCACGGACACAUCCACACUACUCCCUUUCAGAAGGCCUUGCUGGCUGUUGGCUCCGGUGUGGCAGCUCUGCAGGACCCAUAUAGACACGACAUGGUUGCAGUGCUCGGAGAGACCACAGGUCACCUCGCUCUCGUCAACCUCAGGGACAGAAUGAGAAAUGACCCUGAAGGCUACACCAUCCUGACAGAAAGACCAAGGAUCCGCCUCUCUACUCUAGACCUGAAAAACAUGGCCUCCUUACCGGACGGGUCUUUCGGAAGAGAAUACCUCCGUUUUCUGGAGGACAAUAACGUGACCCCUGACUCCAGAGCACAAGUGAAGUUUGUGGACGAUGAAGAGUUGGCCUACGUCAUGCUAAGAUACAGGGAGGUUCACGACUUGUUGCACACGUUGCUGGGAAUGCCCACGAAUAUGCUGGGUGAGGUGGUAGUGAAGUGGUUUGAAGCGGCACAAACAGGUCUUCCGAUGUGUGCUUUGGGAGCUGUGUUGGGCCCACUUCGACUUAAUGCAAGCCGCCUACAAUCACUGUUCACCUCUUUGGGUCCUUGGGCUCUGCGGAACGGCAGGGGAGCGCGCUGCGUCCUCAACAUUUUCUAUGAGAGACGAUGGGAUCAGAACCUUGAAGAUCUCCGGCAGGAGCUCCACAUCGAGCCUCCUCCUGUCACACUCCACUCCCCACGGAAGACCUAAAAUAACUUCAGGAAAUGAGGGUUAAAUGUAGAAGAAUGUUAAUAUCUCAUGAUUGGAAAUAUUUAGAGUAUGUUGCUGUGGAAUUGUUUAUGUAAGGAUGUUAUUAACUGGAGAGGAAGUGGGGAAACUCUAGUCUUUGCCAAUUAUAGAAUCCAGCUUGAAACCUACGGAUAAAUAAAGUAAUGGAUUUUUACAUGUGCUGGGAA